AUGUCUGAUGAAAACCACCAAAAUGAGGAUAAUGAUUCAUAAUUUGAAGUACACCAAUCCAACUAAUAGAAAUCAGAAUAAAAUCAAGAUAAGAAAUCAAGGUCAUUCAAUAAAGAUCAAGAUGAGGAAGUCAAGUUGACCAUUGAAUAAAUUGAACAUAAUAAAUAAGAAUAGUAAAUGGUAACUUAGACAGGAUUCCUUGAGACUGAUUAUGAUCUGCUUAUUCAAAGCAAUUAACUGAAUAUUAAAAGCAAGCUAACAAAUAGAUCCGAAAAAGUUAGUCUGAAUUUGAAUAUUUUUAAUAUUCCAUCAAUCGGAAACUAGGAAAAUAAAUAGGAAAAUUGUAUUGGCAAAAACAUAGAGAUAUCAAAUAUUCAAGAUAUUUCACCCUCUAACCAUAAAGAAACUCAGUAAAUCGGUAGAGAUAGCACAACUAAUAGUAUUGCGAUUCUUCAAAACAGUAAAACACCUAAAUAAGCAAGUACUUUUUGGAACAAAGUUCAGAAGAAUUUCAAAAAGGAGUCAACAAAUUCAAAAUUAAGUGAAUUGCAGUUAUAAGUUCAAUAAAGCCUUAGGCAAAACUUAGAGGAAAGGCUAGAAAAUAAAAAAAUACUUGAGCCUAUAGACUAGAAAGAUAUUGACUAACUUGAAACUAAAGAGAACACUCAAGAUAAUUAUGAACAUUACUUUGAAAAUUAGAUCAAGCAAAAGCUUGGCUAAGCAAUGCUAAAAAAUCUACAGAAAUAUGUUUAGCAAGAUAUUUAAUACAAUUAGAAUUAAAGUGAAGUUCAAACAAUCAAUAAUUUUAGCAACAAUUAGGAAUCUGUUGGUGAUUAUAUUGAAAAGAUAAGAAGAGAUAAUACGAAUCGAAAGUUACUGAGAAGAAACAAAUCUAAGAAAAAAAAGCAAUUUGAAGACUAAAUUAUCAGCAAGCAGAUCAGCUAAAUAUAUGAUAAAAAGAGUAGAAGACGUCAUCAAUUCAAAAUAAUUGAUCUCAAGAGAGAUAUUGCUAAGACUUACAUUUAAUCUUGGUUUUUUGUAGAUCUCUUGACUAUUGUUCCCUUCGACUAUAUUCUAGAAUCAGGCAGUUAUAAUAGACUUGGGAGAAUUUUGAGGCUUGGAAAGAUUUAUAGGAUGAUCAAAAUGAUAAGGCUAGCUAGACUUGUCAAAGUUGUUAAAUAUAAGAGUCUGUUCUAGUAGGUGUUGCAUAGAAUGUUCCAAUUAAGCGUUGGAAUAUUCAUUGCAAAAUUAGAGGAUAAUUAAAGAACCACUUGGAUUUUUAAAAGUGGAUUUGAAGAUUAUGGAAAUGCAGAACUUUAUAUGACUUCUUUUUACUACACAGUUACAACAAUAGUAACUGUUGGAUAUGGUGACAUUCAUGCUUAUACUGUGUCAGAAAAAAUUCUAUCAAUUACUUUAAUGAUAAUUGGGGUUGUUUCAUUCUCUUAUGCAUCUGGAACCCUCACUAAUAUCAUCAAUAAUCAAGAUGCAACUUGCGCUGAGUUAAAGCAGAAAAUAGAAACUUUGAGUGAGAUCGAACAGAAAUAUCAAAUCAAACCAGAGUUGAUAAAGGAGAUAAGAAAGUGGAUUAAGUAUUACUACAGUAAAACCUCUUAUGAUGUUUCAACAUUUAUGAAUGAACUCCCAAGUAAACUCAAAACUGAACUUGCCUUAGAGACUAAUCACAAGCUAUAUACCUCUAUAGAGUUUAUGAAAAGAUAAGAUAAGAAAUUUAUUAUCUGGAUUCUCCCUCUUCUUAAACCAUUUUAUGUUCAAUAGAAUGAGUAUAUCUACAAAGAGGGGGAUGAAAUAUAAGAAAUAUAUUUUAUUGAGAAGGGAGAAGCUGGUUUUGUCCUUUAGAGAUUUAAUAAUGCUAUCUAUAUUGACAUUGAAGGGGGUGAUCAUUUUGGUCAUCUUGACUUAGUGUAUGAUCCAAAAAUUUUAAAUAUACAAAUUAAAGUUAAGCAAAACACUGUCAAUGGUAAAGACUUAUUUAGAAGAUUCACAAUAUAAGCAGUUAAAAAUUGUGAUCUGCAUUUACUAUCAUUAGACAACAUUGACAAGAUAAAAAUAGAGUUUCCAGAGGUUUUUGAUGAUCUUUUUAACAACAGUGUAAAAAUGCUAUAAAAGAUUUUGAAACUUAAAAUUGAUGCAAUCAAAUAAUGUGAACUAGCAAGUGAUAUGCAAGGGCAUAACUCAAAUGUAAAUUCUAACGCUUUGCAAAGACUUUAAUCCAAAAUAUCAGCAGAGACUGCUUCUAAUAAUAAUCAAUCCACUAAAGAAUUAGAUAAAAAUAUAAAAUUAUAAAAUAAUGAAUAGAGGGAAAGUUAAUUUGCAGCAACUUUGAAGUAAAUUCAAGAAGAAGUUGAAGAUAUUGAUGAAAGUGAUGAAGAUAAAAUUUCAUCUAUAUCCUCAUAAAUUGAAUAAAAUUCAGUAAAAAUAUCAGUUUCUAACUUUGAUGAGCCUGAGUUGAUAAAAAAGGAUCAUAAAGCAAUUAAAGAAAAAAGCACAGCAUAGUAAAGUGAGGAUUAAAAGGAUUUUGAGGAAUACAACUGCUUUAAUGACAAGCAAGUUAUUAGAAAUGUGAAAAAGAGAAUAAGUGAUUUAUUUGCAAAACAUUAGCCUGAUAAAUUAAAAAAUGAAUCAAAAAUCGAUAAAAAGCUUUUGAUUUAAGAUAAAAAUACAGAAAAAUUGAACAAUAGGGUUAAUUAAUUAGAAACAUCAGUUAGAGAGUUACUAGGCAAAGUAGACAAAGUUUAUGAUGUCCUAAUACAGAUACGAGAUAAUUAGACUAAAUUUGUCUGA